GGAAAAACAGCAGAGACAAAGAAGAAAGUGCCUGGACACAGAAGCCAACCAAGUUUUGGGAAAAGAAUGAACCUUGAAACACGAGUCCAGGACUGAAGUGCUGCUCCUGCUGCUUUUAACCUGCUCUCCUGCUUCACUGUCUAGCUCGACCAGCAGAAUGGGCUUCACCUGUGACCAGUGUGGGAAGGAGUUGACACAGUCUGACGCCCUUGAAGAACAUAUGAGGAUCCACUCUGCACAAAGACCAUACACUUGUGAUGUGUGUGAGAUGGCGUUUCCUAGAUCAAGCUCCCUCGUAAUACAUAAGAGAAUCCACACAGGAGAAAGACUGUUCAGCUGCGACGUCUGCGAGAAGAAGUUUUUUACGACAGGUGACCUAGAAAGACAUAUGAGACUCCACACCGGAGUGUACAAAUGUGACGUCUGCGAGAAGACUUUUACGUCACCGUGCUACCUAGUAACGCAUAAAAGAACCCACACUGGAGAAAAACCAUACAGCUGCGACGUCUGCAAGAAGAAGUUUACGGUGUCGAGCUCCCUAGUAUGUCAUAUGAGAGUCCACACUGGAGAAAGACCGUUCAGCUGUGACAUCUGCGAGAAGAAGUUUUCUAAGACAAAUGACCUAGUGAGACAUAUGAGAGUCCACACCGGAGAGCGACCGUACAAAUGUGACGUCUGCGAGAAAAAGUUUACUACGACAGGUGGCCUAGUAACACAUAUGAGACUCCACACUGGAGAGCGACCGUACAAAUGUGACGUCUGCGAGAAGACGUUUUCUACGAAAACUGGCCUAGUAACACAUAUGAGACUCCACACUGGAGAGCGACCGUACAAAUGUGACGUCUGCGAGAAGACGUUUACAACGUUUAGCCACCUAGUAAUUCACAAAAGAUCCCACACUGGAGAAAGACCGUUCAGCUGCGAUCUCUGUGAGAAGGCAUUUUUUACAUCAGGUAUCCUAGCAGUACAUAUGAGAACCCACACUGGAGAAAGACCGUUUAGCUGCGAUCUCUGUGAGAAGGCAUUUUUUACAUCAGGUAUCCUAGCAGUACAUAUGAGAACCCACACUGGAGAAAGAUCAUACAGCUGCGACGUCUGCAAGAAGACGUUUACGGCGUCGAGCUCCCUAGUAUCUCAUCGGAGACUCCACACUGGAGAGCGACCGUACAGCUGCGACGUCUGCAAGAAGACGUUUACGGUGUCGAGCUCCCUAGUAUCUCAUAGGAGAGUCCACACUGGAGAAAGACCGUACAGCUGUGACGUCUGCGAGAAGAAGUUUUCUACGACACGUGUCCUAGUAAGACAUAUGAGACUCCACACCGGAGCGUACAAAUGUGACGUCUACGAGAAGACUUUUACGUGCAACCUAGUAAGGCAUAAAAGAACCCACACUGGAGAAAAACCAUUCAGCUGCGACAUCUGCAAGAAGAAAUUUACGUCAUCGGGUCACCUAAUAUCUCAUAGGAAAGUCCACACUGGAGAAGGACCGUUGAGCUGCGACGUCUGCGAAAAGACGUUUUCUAAGACAAGUGACCUAGUAAGACAUAUGAGACUCCACACUGGAGAGCGACCGUACAAAUGUGACGUCUGUGUGCAGACAUUUACAGCAUCGAGCUACCUAGUAAGGCAUAAAAGAACCCAUACUGGAGAAAGACCAUUCAGCUGCGACGUCUGCGAGAAGACAUUUACAGCAUCGUGCUACCUAGUAAGGCAUAAAAGAACCCAUACUGGAGAAAGACCGUACAGCUGCGAUCUCUGCGAGAAGGCUUUUUAUACAUCAGCUCUCCUAGCAAUACAUAUGAGAAGCCACACUGGAGAAAAACCGUUCAGCUGCGACGUCUGCGAGAAGAAGUUUUUUACAACAGGUAACCUAGUAACACAUAUGAGACUCCACACCGGAGAGCGACCUUACAAAUGUAACGUCUGCGAGAAGACGUUUACAGCAUCGAGCUGCCUAGUAAGGCAUAAAAGAACCCACACUGGAGAAAGACCGUUCAGCUGCAAUGUCUGCGAGAAGAAGUUUUUUACAACGAGUGCACUGGUAACACAUAUGAGACUCCACACUGGAGAGCGACCGUACAAAUGUGACGUCUGCGAGAAGAAGUUUACAGCGUCGAAAUACCUAGUAAAGCAUAAAAGAACCCACACUGAAGAAAGACCGUUCAGCUGCGACGUCUGCGAGAAGACGUUUACAGCAUCGAGCUACCUAGUAAAGCAUAAAAGAACCCACACUGGAGAAAGACCGUACCGUUGUGGCCAGUGCGAUAAGGAUUUUACACAGUCUUCUAGUCUGGUCAGGCACAUGAGGGUCCACAGUGGAGAGACGUCAGAGCAAACUGUAGAUCAGCAGAUUCAAAACUCUCCAUAACUUGGGCCCUCCAACAAUCUCCAACUAGAUUCAGCUAAAAUUUCUGUUCUCGUUUCUCUCUGUGUUCCUCAUCUGCUGCUGUGCUCUCCACUCCCCUUCAAAACUGAACUUUGGUCUUCAUAGACAUUUCAAAAUCCCACCUGAAAACACAUCUAUUCAAAGCCUCUUACAGUUCGAAAUGUGAACUUUAGCUAUAAUUAUUUUCAUCACUUUUUGUUUUUGCUGUAAUCAUGGUCUUUGGUAUGUUCUUUUUUAUGGCAAAAAGGUUAUGUUUAUUUUAAAUCUGAAUAAAAAAUAUCAAAAACACGUACUGAUUCCCAUGAACAAACUGCCAUUCAUGUAAAGGUGUAACAAAUUAAACAAGUCACGUUUCUUUUUUGAAACAGUUUAACAAAAUAAAAUACAUUUUUAUAUUUCUCUCA